AUGGGUGACAGACUGAACGGAACAUCCGUGGCAGCAUACGAGGAGUCAGUCUUGCGGGAGUACGAACUAAGACUCCCUGUUUAUCACUGUGGAAGCUAUCCUUUGCUCUGCGAUGAACGUCGCCCAAUUAACGAUGUACGUGUAGAGCGUGACUGUUCAUGUUCCCUUGCUAUCGGUGUUUUGUUACGCUGUAAGUUGUUUUACGAAGUUUCGGACGCAGACAACAUUUACCACCGGGUGUCACUGGACAAGUUUGAAAUCGUUCCGUGGUCAAAAAACGACCAAGUGUCGAGGUUCUUGAAGAAGUGUAGAGAAAGCAAAAAUCCAGAAGCCUUGUAUCGAAAAGGAGUGGUUGAUUAUUUUACGGACAAGCAUGAGGGCUCAGCAUUGCAAUGCCUGGAAGAAGCUUCCAAUUCAGGCCAUGCCGAUGCGGCAUAUGCGUUGGGAAUAAUUUACAUCUUUGUUGGUGGGGACGAGUUAAAGCGCAAAGGUAUGCGACUGCUGAGCGGGUUGAAGAAAUCCAGAAUUCUGAAAGCCAGAAAUCAACGUUGUCGUGACAAUUUGCGAGCGCUGCUGAGGAUGAUAUGGGUCAAGAAUCCCUUGUUUCUAAAUCCAACGUCCAUUUGUUGUGCCAUGACACACGAGAGGAAAACAUCUUCAUGGCCUAUGGAUGCCGAUGACGUGGAGGAGAGUACAUGUGAAGGCUGCGCUUGCGAUGAAGAAAUUGGAGCAAUUUGUGCUGCCCUACCUUAUCGUUAG